CGAGCAUUGAGAGCACCGCCAUUGCACCUCAUUCACCACCGCUCACCAUGCAGGCAAUCAGAGUCUCGCGCAACGCGCUCGCCCGAGCUGCGACCAAGCAGAAUGCCGUCUCCUUCCGCCGCACCUUCAUCGCGACUCCAGUCCGCUCGGCCGAUCUCGUCCAGGACAUGUACUUGAAGGAGCUGAAGGCAUACAAGCCAGCUCCAUUGAAGGCCAAUGACGCCGAAGGCCAAGUGCAAAAGUUCGCCGUCCCAAAGCCACCACAAUCCCCAGAAGAGGCAGAUCUCCAGAGUGGCCUCCAAGAAUACGAGCAGUCGACCCCAGAAGUUCAAGGCGCGUCGAGCGAUGCCAGCGCAGCACCCGUUGAGCAGGAUUGGUUUGUCGAGGAGGAGGAAGAGGCCGAGGCGCAUCACUAGAGCGCGUGUGGACACGAGGGGGAGUGGACGUCGAGGAGGCAUGUAACAUACUACAGUGAAGCAAAGAGCCAAUACCAGUUGAGAUGUACAUGUGGAAUACAGAGGUGUUCUUUUCAUCCCUUCCACAAGCCCAAAUCAGGCCGGUCAGGUAAGAAGGCGCUUGCAGUGCUCAUUAGGCAGGGAGUUCAUUUGCGGAUCUCUGCGACUCUUAUCUCUCGCAUCUCGAGGGCAGCAUCAAGCACAAA